AUGGCCACUAUCAAUGACUUCAUCAUCGAAAUCAUUGAAGAUAAAAUUAAGAUGAAGUUAGAUGGUUUAUCACUAUGGCACCAUAUGGAUGAAAACUUUCAUCAAUCCGAAGAAAACGAAAUACUUUCAAAAAACGACGAUGCUGAUGAAGUGAUUGGUGACAUUGUCGCAGAGUUAGUGAAUUCUGUAUGCAUGCUGAAAGGCGGUGACGCUAGGUACACCAGUACUGUCCGGGGACAACCUAGCAAGUUGCAGGUCACUGCUGUACAUACUGGCGGCAUGGUGGACGAGGAAGACUUACCAGCUGAGGGCAAACAAGAAGAGAGGGACGAUACAAAACUGGGCAGGCCACAGGCUGAAAGAUUUGGAAGCAACCCCGCGGGUAACGAGCAAAUCUUCACGUGGACGGCCUAG